AUGAGGGAAAACUACAAUAUCUGGAAGAUAGGAAUGCAAGCGCAUCUGUCCGUCAUAGAUGAUGACAUGUGGUACGUCAUUACUGAUGGCCCGAUAAAGAUCCAGACGAGCACAACCUCAACCGAGGGUAUUCUUGAGAUUAAAGACAAACCAAGGUCUGAAUGGACUACUGAAGAGAAGAAGAAGAAUAACCUCGACAAUAUGGUGAAGGACAUUCUUUACAAAACACUAGAUGAUAAUAUGUUCAAUAAGAUCCAGGCUUGUACCUCUGCUAAAGAGAUUUGGGAAAAGCUGACCCAACUAUGUGAAGGCAACGACAAAACCAAAGAGAACAAACUCAAGGUCUCCACACAAAAAUACGAUAGCAUAAAAAUAAGAUCUAGAGAAAUCAUGACGGAUUUCGAAGAAAGGUUCACCAGCAUUAUCAUCGAGCUUUCCACUUUGGGAAAAACAUAUAACAAUCGAGAAGUAAAUAUGAAGGUGGUGAAGGCUCUUCUUAGAGAAUGA